GAACAAAACCAACGCAGCUUCUGUACAACACUUCACCGCUACCUCGGACGUCUCGCCUUUUCUUCUGUUCUCAUCACCUCCACUUCCCUCUUAGAGUUUACAAAUUCCCCUCUUUUCCUUUCUCUCAUGCACUUUACCUACCUUAUCAAUGGCGCCUUUUGCGAUACGAUCCCAUGUUGCCCCUCUUCCGAGCCAAAUCACUGUUAAACACUCGCCAAUUGAUCAAUUUCCCCGAAUUGACAUCAAAUCGCCGCUGAUUUCUGUUAAACGGCGUCGUAAUACUAUUGUUUUGGCAUCUCUUAGCGGAGAAAAUGAUAGAGCAAUCGAGGCCGACGGGAAGAACACUCAGGCUGCUGCUCUUCAAUUGCGGGAUACUCCUUACGACGUCGUUUCCAGAGAUGCGCUCCCGAAGCCUUUAUCGUCUUCUCAAUUCUCUAGCUCCGUCUCUGAUGGGUCACGUCUUCGCGUUGCUUACCAGGGAGUUCGUGGCGCGUACAGCGAAUCAGCGGCGGAGAAGGCCUAUCCGAACUGUGAAGCAGUACCAUGUGAGCAAUUUGACACGGCUUUUGAGGCUGUUGAACGUUGGCUUGUGGACAGAGCAGUUCUGCCCAUUGAAAAUUCUUUAGGUGGGAGCAUCCACAGAAAUUAUGACCUUUUGCUCCGUCAUAGACUGCAUAUAGUAGGUGAAGUGAAAUAUGCUGUUCGCCAUUGCUUACUAGCCAAUCAUGGUGUUAAAGUUGAAGACUUGAAGAGGGUCUUAAGUCAUCCACAGGCCCUUGCUCAAUGUGAGCAUACAUUAACAAGUCUGGGAUUGGUUAAAGAAGCUGUGGACGAUACUGCUGGUGCCGCUAAGCAUGUUGCUCUUCACAAACUCAAAGAUACAGGAGCUGUUGCUAGUUCUGUGGCUGGAAAGAUUUAUGGUUUAAAUAUAUUGGCUGAAGAUAUUCAGGAUGAUUGUGAUAAUGUCACUCGGUUUCUGAUGCUAGCCAGGGAGCCCAUAAUUCCGGGCACAGACAGGCCAUUCAAGACAAGUAUCGUUUUUUCACUUGAGGAGGGUCCUGGAGUGCUUUUCAAAGCACUUGCCGUUUUUGCUUUGCGGCAAAUCAACCUUACUAAGAUUGAGAGUCGUCCAUUGCGGAAUCAGCCGUUGAGAGCUUCUGAUGAUAGCAACAAUGGGUUUCCAAACAGAUACUUCGACUACCUUUUCUAUGUGGAUUUUGAGGCAUCAAUGGCCGACCAGAGAGCACAGAAUGCUCUCAAGCACCUCAAGGAGUUUGCAACAUUCUUACGAGUUUUGGGGAGUUAUCCAGUGGAUACUAGCAUGAUAUAGAUGAUCCUUUAAAAUGUCGUAGUGUUGAUGCAGGGGAGACGGGGGAAAAAAGAAUAUUACCUUGAACGGAAGCACCGACUGAUGAUGUUCGUUCUUCAUAUUUAUCACUGAAAAGAUGCAGCAAAACUUGCACUCAUCUCCAUUUCCGUCCAAGUUUAUCGCAUCGUCCCAAAUGCUGCCCGAUUAAUUGCUGUUUAUUUUAUUUAAUUUUAUUAUAUAUGAAGUUUUGUUAUUUCCUUUGUUCUUGACAAAUUUUUCUGUGGGUUCACUUGUAACUCGCGAACCAUUUAGUAUGACAUCUAAACUACAAUAUGGGAGAAAUUGCAAAUUCAAAUUCUGUUUUUUUUU